CGGGGCCGGCGUGCGGGGCGAGGCCCCGGGCGUUGCCGCGGCGCCGUCGCUCCGGUAACGGCGGAGAAGCGCUCGCGCCGUUAAAGCGCAGGGCGCAGGCGCGCGGCCGGGGCAGGCGCCGUGCGGCUUAGAUGGCGCACUACAAGGCCGCGGACUCCAAGCGGGAGCAGUUCCGCCAGUACUUGGAGAAGUCGGGAGUGCUGGACAUGCUCACCAAGGUGCUGGUAGCCUUAUAUGAAGAGCCAGAGAAACCAGAUAGUGCACUGGAUUUUCUGAAGCAUCAUCUGGGAGCUUCAGCUCCUGAGAAUCCGGAAAUAGAGGCACUUCGCUUGGAAGUGGCAGAGAUGAAAGAAAAAUAUGAAGCUGUGCUGGAAGAAAAUAAAAAACUGAAAACCAAGCUGGCUCAGUAUGAACCUCCUCAAGAUGAGAAGCAUGGUGAAUAACAGUAGUUUUUCCUUUAUUGCCUUGACUUAAUAAAGGGCUUCCUGAGAAA